UCGGAAUUGCGUGGGUUGUUACAUUGUUUUGCUCGCUUUUUCCCCUUCCUAGGUGGGUUUGUGUCUGACUGGGAUGAGGGAUUGAUAUAAAUCAGGGUCGUCCUGUUGGUCUUUCUCCUUUUCUGUCUCUUGUCUUUCAGCUUUUACUUCUUUUUUACUCCAGCCAAUAUGUCCGAAAAACUGGACACCACUGUAUCGCACGCCGACAAGGGCGAUGCCGAGGUGCGUGGCGUCAACAAUGCCGCCCUGGCGGUAGCCACCAUGCAGCAGAAGCCGAAGCUCUUGAGCAAGAGUAUGCUGAAGCUGUACUGGUGCAUCGGCGUCGCCAUGCUCAACUCCUGUAUCAACGGCUACGACGGCUCCCUCAUGGGCUCGAUCAACAGUUACGAGCAGUACCGGUCGUACUUCGGCUUCGAUCCCGACGAGGGUACGCCCUCCACCGGCAUCGUGUAUGCCAUCUACACGAUCGGUAACAUCGUGGGUUCGUUCGCGGCCGGCCCGUUUACUGAUUUCAAAGGCCGUCGCGUCGGUAUGGCCCUCGGCGCCAUCUUCAUCAUCAUCGGCACUAUCGUCCAAGCCUCCUGCCACAACCUGGGCGGUUUCAUGGCCGGCCGCUUCAUUCUCGGCUUCGGCGUCGCUACCUCCGCCACCGCUGGUCCCGCCUAUGUCUCGGAGAUCGCGCACCCGGCGUACCGUGGUGCCAUGACCGGGUUGUACAAUGUGCUGUGGUUCGGUGGAGGUAUCCCCGGGACGUUUAUCCCGUGGCGGACCAGCUCCAUCGAGGGCAAUAUGAGCUGGCGGAUCCCGAUCUGGUUGCAGAUGGUGUUUUCGGGGCUGGUGCUUUGUUUCUGCUUUACGGUUCCCGAGUCCCCCCGUUGGCUCAUCUCGCAGGACAAGCACGAAGCCGCGCUCAAGGUCCUGGCUGAUUACCAUGGCGACGGGGACCGAAACGCCCCCAUCGUCCAGCUGGAGUACCGCGAGAUGAUCGAGGAUAUUUCCAAGACCGGUUCGGACAAGCGGUGGUGGGAUUACCGCGAGUUGUUCAACAGCCGCGAGACGAGAUACCGGUCGAUGUUGGUGAUUUUCAUGGCCUUCUUCGGCCAAUGGUCCGGCAACGGCCCCGUCUCCUACUACUACCCGCAAAUGCUGCGCGGCGCAGGCAUCGAGAACAACAGCACGCGACUGCUGCUCCAAGGGCUCCAGAACGUGGUGCAGUUCAUCGGCGCCGUCGCCGGCGCCCUGGUAACCGACCGCGUGGGCCGUCGGCCCCAACUUCUCGUCUCGACGGCCAUCAUCGUCGUGCUGUUCGCCAUCGUGACGGCCCUCAACGCCACGAACGUCAUCGACGGCCCCGACGGCGAGCCCAUCGCUAAAUCGGGCGUCACGGCGCGCGCCCAGAUCGCCAUGAUCUUCCUCUUCGGGUUCGUCUACUCCGCCGGUUGGACGCCUAACCAGGCCAUGUAUCCCGUGGAGUGUCUGCGGUACGAGAGUCGUGCGAAGGGCAUGGGGAUGAAUAAUUUCUUCGUCAACAUCGCCUCCUUCUAUAACACCUUCGUCACAGGGAUCGCGUUCUCCGGCGCCGGCUGGAAGUACUACUUCCUGUUCAUCUUCUGGGAUACGUUCGAGUUCCUGAUUAUUUACUUCCUGUUUGUGGAGACGAGCAAGCGCACGCUGGAGGAGUUGACGGCCAUCUUCCAGGCCAAGAGUCCGAAGAAGGCGUCGUUGCAGAAAGACGCGGUCUUUGUGGCCGGGGGCGAGGCGGCGGAGAUUAAGGAGGCGCCGUGAUUGUUGGGUUGGAGGGGAUAAGGGGUUGGUUGUUUGGUUGGAUUUACUUUAUCUUGGGAUUAGGAGAUGGUUAUGGAGAGGGGCAAGUUAGGGUUUGACGGAUCACUGGACUUGUGAUGGUUUGGUUUAGGGGGCUUCUUUUCGAUCUUUUGUUGUAUCUGUUAUAAUACCAUAUUGCUUUUCUUUCUUCGAAUUUGCUUUCGAUAGGAUAUCUACAAAUAAAAUUCUUUUCUUCUGA